AUGAGCCUAAAUAAGCUGCCUUCGCUCAAAUGGUACACAGUUUUAUCACUUACAUCCUUCGUCGGCCUUACUCUCACGCUUUCCUACAACAAGGAUCUUUGGCCCUCUUUACCUGAAAAUGAGCUUCUUUCUUCGCCCGAGAUUGAGUUAUUGACCGAGGAAGAGGUCGACCUUGAACGCGCUCAAAUGAGAAACAGCUGGCUUGAGGAAAAUUGGGUUGUUUCCUUGAUUAUUAUAAACAUGGCUGCUUGUAUGCUUCUUCUGUUCUCCAUGGCUGUUAUUCGUGUCGUCUUCGGUGAACUUCGUAACGCUGAGAAAAACUCUGCGAAAGACAAGUUCUGGAAUUAUGUUUUUUAUAAGUUUAUUUUCGUGUUUGGUGUGAUAAACGUUCACCAAGCCGGAGAGGUGCUUCUUUGGGCUGCUUGGUUUUCUGUUCUUGCUAUGCUUGUUGUUAUGACGAAGAUAUCAAAGCUACGAUUUGAACAUCUUUCCUUCUCACCAAAUACCGCUAGAAAUCUUCAUUGCAAAGUACUAGGCCUUCUUGGGACAAUCAUAUUUUCAUCCUCUCUUAUCUUCGUUCUGUUUAUCAGGAAUCGCGACUUUUUCACGCUUCACAUUCUCUGUUUCUUACUUGCCGAUAUCGCCGUUUUGACAAUCAGAGCAACCCAUGUCACUUCUCGCUACCUAAUCCACCUGUAUGAUCUUAGCCGCGCUGGAGUUUGGGAAUACAAGGGCCGUUGGUUGCACUACAACGACCUUAUUCUAUCGUCUUCAUUUCUUAUCCUCGACCUUGUUCACCAUUUACACAUGCUUCUAAGCGGCAAUCUUUGGCUAUCCAUGGCAUCUUUAGUAAUCUGUAUGCAUGUGCGAUUCUUGCUAAACGAGCUUCAAAAGCAACGAACCAAACACCUGACUUAUCAUCGCGUUAUUUCCGACAUGGAAUGCAAAUACCCCCAAGUACAGACCAAGGGUGAAUGUCUUAUCUGCUGGGAUACCUUCAGCUCCGCUCGGCGGCUCACAUGUGGUCAUUGUUUCCACAGUUCCUGCCUCCGCCAGUGGCUUGAGCAAGACGCUUCGUGUCCAAUUUGUCGCUGUCGCUUGAACCAAGAAGAAGAAGUCGAAGAAGAACCGCCCGCUCCCAUCGCGCCAGCAGAACCCGUCUGGUCUUUCAAUCUCCGUAGGAUCUCCAACUGGCUUCCGUCUUGGAAUAUCACCGUCAAUUAUGAUUUGCAACCGCGGCCUAUGAACAACACGCGUCUCCAGCAAUCCGCUUCUGAGCUUCAACAAAUAUUCCCUCACAUAUCUCGACGUGCAAUACUUGAGGAUCUACGAAGUACUGGCUCUAUUGAUCUCACAACUGAUAACAUACUCGACGGCCAGUUGGAUGAGCCCGACCCCGAUUCCGAGUCAGAAAACGAACCAGCUGCCGACUUAAACCUAAUCGAUUUACGCCUUCGUCGUACUUGA